AGGAAGGAAUAAAUACAAGAUGGCUCCUCAUAUAAAAUCAGCCUCCCGGCUUCUCUUUUGUGACCAACAAAAUUACUUUUCUUUACUUAUUCGCGUGAAAUACCUUUUUGGGAGAAGUGCCGAGGGUUAAAUUGAUGUCUGUGGUGUUAAAGUGUGACUCGCUCUUUUUGUGUGUAAGGAGAUAUUUGAGAAAAAGCGGGGUGUCUCUUUUUAAGCUAGUGUGAAGUGGCUCCUCCAUCGACUCUCUGCUUUUCGGAUGGUGUGCGACGAUAUCGGGCCUUUCUCCAUAUAGCACGCGCUGGCUAACUCGCUAGCUAGCGCUAGCGCUACACCGGUCAGUUAGUGGCUUGAUUAGCUAAUCCGCCCCUGAGCGAUUCAUGGUGACUGUCCGCUAUUCAACACACCGCCAACGGACCACACUUACAUUAGGGAAAGAUAUACUUUAAUUUUUCGCCAUGGCUGUCUCGAGGCUUGAGCGUCUGUUCAUCUUAUUGGACACCGGCACAACUCCUGUGACGAGGAAAGCUGCCGCUCAACAGCUGGGAGACGUGGUCAAGCUCCAUCCGCAUGAGCUAAAUAAUCUGUUAUCAAAGGUUUUAUUAUAUUUGAGGAGUCCCAACUGGGACACACGAAUUGCAGCUGGUCAGGCAGUGGAAGCCAUAGUGAAAAAUAUUCCCGAAUGGAACCCAGCUCCCAAGCCAAAGGAAGAGUCCCGUGCAGAAGACAUGUCUCCUGAGGACAGCUCUUCAGAUAGACUCAGUUUCUACAGGUUUGACAUUUCCCGUUUGCUCAGACAUGGAGCAUCGCUGCUUGGGUCUGCUGGUGCAGAGUUUGAAGUGCAGGACGAUAAGUCAGCUGAGGUGGACCCCAAGGAACGUCUGGCCCGGCAGAGGAAGCUUCUGCAGAAGAAGCUUGGUCUGGAUAUGGGUGCUGCUAUAGGCAUGGAUACAGAGGAGCUGUUUAAUGAUGAAGACUUGGACUACACCUGUACCUCCAAUGUAAAUAGGUCACAGCCUGGCAAGGGGGCUGUGUUCCAGAGUUUCCGCAGCCACACACCUAUGCAGGCAGCAGAGUUUAUAGACUCCGAAUUCCGGCCUGGCAUGAGCAAUCGCCAGAAGAACAAGGCUAAAAGGAUGGCCAAGCUGGUGGCAAAGCAGAGAUCUAGAGAUAUGGACCCCAAUGAAAAAAGCAACGACAGCUUCGAAGGAGAGCCAGAAGAGAAACGGCGGAAAACCACAAACGUAGUCAUCGAGCAGCCGGCUGCUGAGAACAAAGUCUUAAUUGAUAACAUUCCUGACAACUCAAGUUUAUUUGAGGAGACUCAAGAAUGGCCCCUGGAAAGUUUCUGCGAAGAGCUUUGUAAUGACCUGUUUAAUCCAUCCUGGGAGGUGCGGCACGGUGCAGGCACAGGCCUGAGAGAGGUGCUGAAGUGUCAUGGUGCAGGAGGAGGGAAGAUGGUGGGCAGCACUUCAGAACAGUUGGCCCAGCAGCAUCAAGACUGGUUGGAGGACUUGGUCAUCAGGCUUCUCUGUGUCUUUGCUCUGGACCGCUUUGGAGACUUUGUGUCUGAUGAAGUUGUUGCACCAGUCAGAGAGACUUGUGCACAGACACUGGGCGUGGCCUUGAGGCACAUGACUGAAUGCGGCGUUACCAUGACAGUGGAUGUUUUGUUGAAGCUGCUUACGGAGGAUCAGUGGGAGGUUCGGCAUGGAGGACUAUUGGGCAUCAAAUACGCCCUUGCUGUCAGACAGGAUCUUAUUUCACAACUGCUUCCUCGAGUACUUCCUGCCAUCACUGAAGGUCUCCAGGAUCUGGAUGAUGAUGUGCGUGCAGUAGCAGCUGCUGCUCUUAUCCCUGUAGUGGAGGGACUGGUGCAGCUACAGCCUGCUAAGGUUCCUUUCAUAGUGAACACACUGUGGGAUGCUCUGCUGGAGCUCGAUGACCUCACAGCUUCUACAAACAGCAUCAUGACUUUACUAUCGUCCCUGCUCACAUACCCUCAGGUCCUUCAGUGCAGCAUGCAGCAGUCACUGACCAUUUUGGUUCCUCGAGUGUGGCCAUUUCUUAGACACACCAUCGCUUCUGUUCGACGUGCUGCCUUAGAAACCCUUUUCACGCUGCUGUCCAAGGCUGAUCAGAGCUGCGCCAUGUGGCUGAACCCCAUCCUGCAAGACAUGCUGAGGCACAUAUUUCAGUCCUGCAUUCUCGAGAGCAACCAGGAGAUACUCGAUCUCAUCCAGAAGGUGUGGGGCGAGCUGUUACGGCAGGCCCCUCAGCAGUAUGUGGUGGCAGCCAGCUGUCCAUGGAUGGGUGCCUGGCUCUGUUUGAUGAUGCAAGCACCUCACAUUCCCAUUGACCUCAACAUGCUAUUGGAGGUCAAGGCUCGAUCCAAGGAGAAGGCGAGUGGAAAGUCUCGGCAGGGUGGACAGCAGGUGAAGGAGACUGUGCAAGAGUACAUCGGGGGAGCUGACACUAUCACUGAAGACCCAGCCUCGAGAGACUAUGUAGUGACUCGUGCCCGGCUCAUGGCUGCCAAACUGUUGGGGGCACUGUGCAGCUGUAUCUGUGACCCACGAUUAAACAGCUCGACUCAAGAGAUUCGGCCAGCGGAGUCAUUGGCUCAGCUUCUCCUCUUCCACCUCAACUCGAAGUCGGCUCUGCAGCGUAUCGCUGUAUCCAUGGUGCUGUGUGAGUGGGCAUCUUUACAGAAGGAGUGCGAGGUGGUGUCCAGUGUGGUCCAGCCUCGUCUGUUGGCCAUACUGUCUGAACAUUUAUAUUAUGAUGAAAUCGCCAUCCCCUUCACACGCAUGCAGAAUGAAUGCAAGCAGCUCAUCGCGCUCCUUGCCGAUGCUCAUAUCGACGUGAGGGAGAAAGUCAACUGCAGUGUCUUCACAAUUGAUCAGGCCAACGAGCUGGUGACCAGCAUCUUCUCUGAGGCCACAGCUUCUUUGAACCUGAAGUCUCGGCAGCUGCAGUCGUUGGACAGUAAGCGGCAGCAGGCGUGCUCUACAGUGGCUGAGACCAGUACUGAGUGGCAGCAGAUGCAUCUGCGUGUGCAUACUUUUGCGGCCUGUGCUGUGGUAGGCCUGGCGGCGCUGCCUGACAAGCUCAACCCGCUGGUGCGCCCCCUUAUGGAGGCCAUUAAGAAGGAGGAGAACAUACUGGUGCAGGGAUAUGCCGCCUCCAGCGUAGCCCGCCUGCUGCAGCUCUGCACGGGCCGAACGCCCUGCCCCAAUUCAAAGAUCAUUAAAAACCUGUGCAGCUCGGUGUGUGUGGACCCCAUGCUCACGCCAAAUGCAGAGUGCCCUGUUCCACCACACACACCUCCAACACAGGAUGGCUGCAAAGCCAACGUGUCUGAGAAAGACGGCAUGCACCACAUGGUGAAUAAAACAAAAGGCAUCAUCACUCUUUACCGACAUCAGAGAGCAGCUUUUGCCAUCACCAGCAAGAGAGGCCCCGCCCCCAAACUGCCAAAAACCUCCCCCAAUGACCUUCCCCCAGGCAGCUCCAUCUCCACAGAAACCGAUGAGAGUAAGAAGCCGAUUCUCAUCCAGAGGAGAGGUGCAGAGUUCUCACUGAUGACUAUUGCUAGGCACUUUGGGCCUGGUCUCACCAAGGCGUUGCCCUGUCUCUGGGAGUCUAUGAUUGGCCCGCUGAAGGCUCUGGACACACUGGGUUGUGAUUCCAGGCAGCUCUUGGAGAAGGGUGACUUGGUAGCUCAGGAGCUGGUCAACUCUCUACAGGUGUUGGAGGUCACCACAGGAGCCGUGUCUCAGGAGCUCAUAUCUCUGCUGUUGGAGCAGCUGCAUCUGCUGUGUGCGUGUCUCCAGCACCCGUACACGGCUGUGCGUCAUAUGGCCGCUCGCUGUAUUGGUGUGUUCAGCAAGAUCGCCACUAUGGAAACCAUGAACUGCUUCCUGGAGCAGGUUCUGCCAUGGUUAGGGGCGAUUGAUGACAGCACCAAACAGGAGGGAGCCAUCGAGGCAUUGGCCUGUGUGAUGGAGCAGCUGGAUGUGGACAUUGUACCCUACAUUGUGCUGUUGGUGGUGCCUGUGCUGGGCCGCAUGAGCGAUCCUAGUGACAGUGUGCGCUUCAUGGCCACACAGUGUUUUGCCACUCUCAUACGCCUGCUGCCUCUGGAGGCUGGCAUCCCCAACCCACCCACCAUGUCCGACGAUCUCAUUCGUCAGAAGGCCAGAGAGCGUCACUUUCUGGAACAGCUAUUGGAUAGCAGGAAGCUGGAGAAUUACACGAUCCCUGUCCCUAUUAAGGCAGAACUCAGGAAAUAUCAGCAAGAUGGAGUGAACUGGUUGUCCUUCUUGAAUAAGUACAAGCUGCAUGGAAUCCUGUGUGAUGACAUGGGUUUAGGUAAAACCCUUCAAUCCAUCUGCAUUCUUGCUGGAGACCACUACCUCAGGGCACAGGAGUAUGCCAGGACCAAGGCUGCAGACUGUUGUCCUCUGCCCUCUAUAGUUGUGUGCCCACCUACUCUGACAGGCCACUGGGUGGACGAGGUGGGCAAAUUCUGCACUAAGGAGUACCUGAAUCCUCUCCACUACACGGGUCCCCCUACAGAGAGAGCACGAUUACAGCACCAAGUGAAAAAGCACAACCUUGUGGUAGCAUCAUAUGAUGUAGUGCGGAACGACAUUGACUUUUUUAGGAAUAUUAAAUUUAAUUACUGUAUCCUCGAUGAGGGUCAUGUUAUUAAAAAUGGGAAGACCAAACUAUCCAAAGCUAUCAAGCAGCUGUCUGCCAACUACAGAGUUAUCCUCUCAGGAACGCCAAUUCAGAAUAAUGUCCUGGAGCUGUGGUCUCUCUUUGACUUCCUGAUGCCAGGCUUUCUGGGUACGGAGCGCCAGUUUGCCGCCCGUUACGGGAAGCCCAUCCUUGCUAGCCGAGACGCCAAGAGCUCGUCCCGAGAACAGGAAGCAGGGGUUUUGGCUAUGGAGGCUCUGCAUCGGCAGGUGCUACCCUUUCUCCUGAGGAGGAUGAAGGAGGAUGUCCUCCAAGAUCUGCCACCCAAGAUUAUACAAGACUACUACUGCAACCUGAGUCCCCUACAGGUUCAGUUGUACGAGGACUUUGCCAAGUCUCGGGCAAAGGUGAACGUGGACGAUGUCCUCUCUACGGCAGCUCAAGAAGAUGAGGAAAAACCCAAGCUGAAGGCCACCGGACAUGUGUUCCAGGCACUGCAGUACCUGAGGAAGCUGUGUAACCACCCAGCACUGGUCCUGACGCCUCAGCAUCCUGAGCACAAGCGCAUUAGCGAGCAGCUCUCCUCCCAGAAUUCCAGCCUCCGGGACAUCCAGCAUGCACCAAAACUCUCUGCACUUAAACAGUUGCUGUUGGACUGUGGACUGGGCUCAUCCGGCUCCUCGGACGUCAGUACAGAGGCUGUGGUGGCUCAACACCGUGUGCUGAUCUUCUGCCAGCUGAAGAGCAUGUUGGACAUGGUGGAGCAUGAUCUGCUGAAGCCUCAGCUGCCAACAGUCACCUAUCUGCGUCUGGACGGCAGUGUGCCCGCAGGCCUGCGCCAUUCCAUCGUCUCCAGGUUCAACAACGACCCGUCGAUAGAUGUGCUGCUCCUGACGACACACGUGGGUGGUCUGGGCUUGAACCUCACAGGAGCCGAUACCGUGGUGUUCGUGGAACAUGACUGGAAUCCAAUGAGAGACCUACAGGCUAUGGACCGCGCUCAUCGAAUAGGACAGAAACGUGUGGUGAACGUGUAUCGUCUGAUCACUCGUGGCACUCUGGAGGAGAAGAUCAUGGGUCUGCAGAAGUUUAAGAUGAGCAUAGCUAACACAGUGAUCAGCCAGGAGAACGCCAGCCUCCAGAGCAUGGGCACAGAGCAGCUGUUAAACCUUUUCACUCUGGAUAAGGAUGAUAAGGCUGAGAAGAGCGAAGCGGCGUCCUCCUCCUCAGGGAAGGCCAGUAUGAAGUCCGUACUGGAUGGCCUGGGGGAGUUGUGGGACCAGCAGCAGUAUGAAGCGGAGUACGACCUGGAUACUUUCAUGCUCUCACUGCACUAAGCCAGCACACCCUACUCACGCAGCCUCCACCAAACGUCCUCUUAUGAUCGACCACUUUUAUUUGUUCCAGACAAUAACGUGGGUCAUCUUGACCCCAAAAGAGUGAAACGCCGUCUGGAUAAAACAUUUGGCCAUGGUCCCUUACAAAAUAUUCGGUCAGUCGUGUCAGCCUGGACUUCAUCUUGCUGUUAAAGAACUCUCACACUCCACACGUAGACUUUCCUACCCCACACUGCCAAGCUGAGGAGGAACGCACUGGGAUUAACACUUUCCCCCAGACUUGGUCCACUGAUUUUAUUCUCACACAUGCUGUGGGAUCUCCCUUGUAUUGUUGAUCAUAAACAGUAUCAUCGACUAGUCAUCCUGCACUUAUAAAGUCUUAAAGCUUACCUCGAAAGUCAAAUCACCUAUCAGUAUUGGAUCUUAAUAGGCAUAAAAGCCAAUAUACAAAACAUAGGAUUUUGUAUAUAUUGUUUAUUUUUGUAGACUGGACAGUCAUCUUAACCAAAAAGGCUUCUGGAGCCUUGCAUCUAGAAGAUCACCAGGGGACACUGUAGACAUUUAGACAGGAGAAAAAAUUUAACUGGAAUGAAAAAUGCUAAUCUUCCUUUCCACUAGGGGGCGAUAGUCUUUUUCUCUGAAGCCUGUCAGUCCCUCAUCCACCUCUGUAGCUCAGAUCAGAACAUGACCCACAGCCUACCAUGACACACACACACACCCAGAGAAAAUGUGAAAUGUCUGGCAUGUGCAAGGGCACGGUGCUGACUGGAAUCAUAGGUACUGUUCACCUGGCAGAUAUAGGAUGCUCAUGGAACCUUGUUGGAUAGUUUUAAAAAGGAAAAAAGAAAACAAGGACUUGUAAAUAUUUCUGUAAUUUGCCUUCUUUGAUUAAGCCAAUAGAAUUUUAAUAAAUUCUAAUGAGCUUU